AUGGAACGCGCAAUUUCCUGCGCAAAGAAGGAUCUUGUAGCGCCCUCGGUUAUUUUCGUUUGUUUGAGUAUCGGGCGUGUGGGAGAGGAGCCAUUUAAUGCGCUAAGACGCUUUCCUUUCCGGCCUCUCUUCAUCGCAGGUGUUGCUUCUUCAGGGAUACGAAUCGAAGGUAUCAAAUCCCACCCUGUCCUCGCCAAGAGUCGCGAUAUUGAGCCGUGAUGUGGACAGACCGCAAGAAGUGCAAGUUCCAUGGACAGGAAACGUUCGAUGACGUCAUCUUCUUCUGUCGCGUCGAGUCUUCAACGCCUAACUUGAGCAUUACUCAAAAUAUACGCAGACGGUAUCUGUAUGCUUUGCCUAACCGUCAACUAUUCAAAAAUCCUUUUUCAAACUCAGAAAUCAGAGAUCCCUGUAUUUCAAGCUUUUUUCGGCCGGACUGGACAUCUCCAGAGGUGUCUCCUUUAUUCAUACUCUCUAUUUGAAGGAACGCGCGUUGGCACUUGUUCGGAAAUCCAGCUGCAUUGAUCUCAAAAGCAGAGUGA